UUGUACGGACGUCACGAAUCACAGUCGAUUUCUCAAGAUGGCAAGAACCAAGCAGACCGCUCGCAAAUCUACUGGAGGUAAAGCUCCACGUAAGCAGUUGGCGACGAAAGCGGCGCGUAAGAGUGCUCCCGCAACUGGUGGUGUUAAGAAGCCUCAUCGUUAUCGUCCUGGAACCGUCGCUCUUCGUGAGAUUCGUCGUUACCAAAAGAGCACAGAGCUUCUGAUCCGCAAGCUCCCGUUCCAGCGGCUGGUCCGUGAAAUCGCUCAGGACUUCAAGACCGAUCUCCGCUUCCAGAGCUCGGCCGUUAUGGCCCUUCAGGAAGCGAGCGAAGCCUACCUCGUCGGCCUGUUCGAAGACACCAACCUUUGCGCUAUUCACGCUAAGAGAGUUACCAUCAUGCCCAAAGAUAUCCAAUUGGCCCGCAGAAUCCGUGGAGAGCGUGCUUAAAUUGCCUUUUUUCCAUCAAUCGGCCCUUUUCAGGGCCAAAAAUUAUCUUACGUUGAAAUGUCUUGCGUUUUCAAUUUCAUAUUUUUAAUUUAUAACCUUA